UUUUUAUUUUAUGACCCUCAGAACGAUUUUUUCCUAUCAUUUUAAAAAUAUUUCGCAAAUACUAUAUGUGAGUAAAAAGAACACAACACUCUGAAUAUUUCAGGCUUCUAAACCAUACUAAUAUUUCAAGUAAUAUUCAACAAGGGUAUGAUCGAUUGAGAAAACACAAAAAAUAUUCAGAAAUUUACAUCAAUUGAUUUGUAUAAUAAUUUGACAAUUUUUGGACCAAAAGUACUUUCCUCAAUAACAAUGAAUACAAUUGUUAUUCUUGGGAAUAUUGUAACAAUUUUAUUAAUUGUAAAAUUAGAAUCGACAAGAAUACCACGUAAUAAACGAUCUCGUGAAUUUGAAAGUAUAAGAGCUUUAAGAAAAAAAGUUGCAAGAGAAUAUCUACGUAAUUAUAAGUCAGAAACAGCAUUUUAAAUUUUAAGUCAAUAUAUUCUAAAUGAGGUGGAAAUGUACGGUGUUGCUGAACAUAUAAACAGAACUGGAAAUCUACCAGAAUGGUGCAUAAUUACUAGAAAAUUGAAAAAUUAUCAAUCUUACAAUCUUCUGAGAUACCAUUUUCCUCUGGGCUCAUAUAAUUUACGUUCAACACUUGCAGGAAAGCCUAUUAAUUUUUUGAGAAAAUGGUUUUUUCAGAAUGCAUCUAUACUGAAUACCCAAAUAUUAGUUGAAUCUUACUACAAGAGAAAAUUGGUUGAUUUAAUGUCAUUUGAAGAUUAUUAUACUAUCAUGAUUUUACUGAAAAAUGUUUCGGUACUUAAUGUCGAUGCUCCCGCAUCUUGGCGAAUGAGAAGAGCAUUGUACAGUUUGGCUAUUCGACAAUACAGUUCAAAUGCAAUAAUGAAUUAUAUUCCAAAAACAUGUCUUUUUAAGAAAAAAGAAACGAAGACAUUCGUUGAUGAUAUAAAGACGGGAGAUAGUUUCGAAAAGAUAACUUUCACUAUUUGUAGCAGCAAAUAUGAAGAACCAUUAUCAUAUGUUCCUGAAAAUUUAAAUUUCAACUUUUCUUCAUAUUGGGUGCAUUACGAAUUGGUAAUAACGGAUCCUAUUCUAAUGGUAAGUUUGGCAGACGUAGUUAAAUCUGAUGAUGAAGAAAUUUACGUAAUACUUCCAAAGAUAGACCUUACGGUAAUAAGUGAAACAACUUUCCUUAUUACAAACGGUGAACCAAAUUUGUAUUUAAAAUUGGUAACUUCUCCAAUUUAUGCAAGGUCCAACUGGCUUACUGAAUUAGCAAAUGAAGUUGAAAAGUACAAAGAGAUGGAAUUAGAAUAUAUUAAUCGUCAAGGAUGAAAAAAUUGUUUUAAAAUUUAUCAUUUAUUAAAAACUACUGAUAAAAUGUACAUUAAAAAAUUAUAUAAUAGUUAUUAUCGUAUCAAGGGCGCAAAAUAGGUGAUUGCGGCGAUGGCGAGA